UAACAAACACAAAAGUAAAGUUUAUACAAUCUUGUCUAUUUGCUGAUUUUAUUUUUUAGGGGUUGAUUUUGUAUUAAUUUAAAAUUUGUUUUAAUUUUUUUAGGUGACAGAACCUUUGGUGAGGGUUCUUCGUAUGGUGGAUGGAGAGGGCAUGCCAAUGGGUUUCAUUUAUGAGGCCAUGGAUAGGGCCAAAGAGGCCAUUUCACAUUACUAUCGUGGAAAUGCAAGAAAAUGUGAAAUCUUUUGGCGCAUCAUUGAUCGUAGGUGGACAAACCAACUCCACCAACCGAUACAUGCCUUCGCCUACUUUUUGAACCCGAAAUUCUACUUCUCUGAUUCAUUUAGGGCUGAUGAGGAGGUCAUGGCAGGUGUUAUUACAUGCAUUGAUAAGAUGACACCUGAUCCUGAGUUGAGAGACAAGGUUCUUGAUGAGUUGGAGAUCUACAAAAGUGCAGAGGGGAGACUCUUCUCAUCACAACUAGCAAUUGAUAGGAGAGGAAAACAACAACCAGAUUUAUGGUGGGAGAAUUAUGGUGCCGGCACGCCUAAUCUUCAAAAGAUAGCUAUCCGUGUUUUGUCUCAGCCAUGCAGUGCUUCUGGGUGUGAACGAAAUUGGAGUGUCUUUGAAAGCAUUCACACAAAGAAGAGAAAUAGAUUGUCACAAAAGCGGCUCAAUGAUCUAGUAUUUGUUCGGUACAACCUUCGCCUUCGAGUUAGACAGGUGGAGGGUGUUUCACAUGAGGCCAUUGACUUGGAUGAAAUUGAUCCAUAUGGUGAUUGGACCAUGAAUGAACAAAAUGAUGGUGAUGAUGUCCUCCUUACCGAAGAAGAAAUUGCAGAAAUAGAGAGAGGAGCAGCACAAGAUGCAGAAGGAGCAAGAUUGGAUGAAGAUGAGGACGAAGAUGAGGAUGAUGAUGAGGACUAUGACUUUGAAGAAGACUCAUCUCACCAUUUAGAUACCACAACACCCACUGCUACUACUUCUAGCUCAAGGCCUGAAAAAUUGAGCUAUAUUAGGAAAAAUACAAAGAGGAAGAUGUAGUCUUCUCUUUGGUUUGUUCAUUCACAUUGCUGUUUUUCACAUUUGCAGUUGGACUUGGACAUAUCAUUAUAUGUAAUUUUGUGAACAUUUAUAUACUUAUGCUGCCAUUAUAGUAUUAUACAUUUUAGAGUUGAAACUUGAAACUUGAAUAUGCUGCCAUGAAUGAUGAAAUUUCAAAUA